AUGAUGCUUUCCGCUCCGUCUGGAAUGCUGAUUGCCGAACGGGCUGGUGCUGGUUUCACGUUGCAUCGGUCGGAGACAGUUGCACAUUCUGCCGGGCUGUUGGAUCGCAAAAACUUUGCUGCGUCAUCUCGGGCUCGCGGGCGAUCGGAGGGCUUUGCCUGCAAGCAUAGCGAUGGCUACAAGCCUCUAGGUGCACCGGUACCGUCGGAGAGAGUGGUCGAGAUGCACAACUCCACGUUUGCCAAGGUGGACAAGAUCAAGCAGACUGUGGGGCGCGAGGCCAGCUCGCAGCAUCAGAACAAGAAAGACAAAGAGCGAACGCGCCGCAAGGAGCAAGAACUUGAACGGCUAAUUCUGAUGGACUCGCAGGAUGUCAUCAAGGACGAGCAGACAGUUGCGGAAGAAGUGGGCUUAGAGGCAGACCGGAAAGGCACACAAAACCUUUCUCGCCUUCCUCAUGCACUGUAUGGGAAUGAUUUGCCCCGAUGUGGACAAGCCCAGGAACGGCAGGAGAAAGAUGGGUUUAAGGAAUUGAAGCUUCACAUCAGAAGCUCAUACCGAAGAGUUGAGCAGGUGAGGGCUGAUUCAGAUGCCGCCUACGAGGCCAGGAGCGACAACGUGCAGUUGGCGCUGGCAUCCUCCAGGCAGUGGGGAGAAGCGCAGCUCGAAGACAGUGGAAGCGCAUUCCUCACGUCUCUUGAGCUUCCCCAAUCUGCACGGGACCAUCGCCCAGUCAAGCCACAGCAGCCGCAGCCGCUCUCAGCGAGAAGAGCGCAAGGACAAGUCCAACUACCCAAGGUCUCCCCAAAGCGCUUGACAAACUGGCUGCCAUCCCUGUCCGAGUACUUGGCAUCCAAUGGUGCCGGGGCUCCAGCAGCUGCUGGGGUGGAGAGGGCAGAACCUGCAGAGGGGGUCAGGUAUAACGAGGAAUUAACCAACAAGAUUGUCUCGGAGCUUCUUCCACUGCCUGAAGGCACACGCAGCCUGCUUGACCGGUUGCUUGAAGAGCAGCGUAAAGCUGGCGCCGGGAAAGGUCGGACGGUUCCGACGUCAACGCAGCGCCGCAAGAAAUUCCAAGAGGAGCUUGUUGCUGCAUGGAAGCCAGAAACACUUGAGAGGUGCAAUCCCUGCGUGCCCUCAAAAGUUGCCGAGGAGAUGCGGCAGCGAUGGAGACAUGAGCAGCAGUUUCUCAUUGAGCAGUGCAAGCGUUUGCUGCAACGGACGUACCCCUCUUACUUGUUGCUGAUGACUGCAAGCCUAGAUCAUGGGGACGAGUACCAGCUGGCGACCGUUGAACGCAUCCUCAAAGAUUUGCUCAUUGGCGGCAAGAUUGCGGCACGGGUGACCGUGCCGGUUCUUACCGACUGCGGGGGCCCGGCGGGGGCCCGGCGGGAAAUGGCUGGAGCGGAGUCUGUUCGACAUGCCCAAACUUUUUGGGUGGAUGCGAAAGUGGCUGGCUUCUUGGAGCCCUUCGGUUCAAAGAUGAUGCUUGCCCAGGCCCAGCUGCAAGACUACAUCGUCAGAUUGGCCGCGAUACCGGCCGUUCAGGCACCUCUGGAGUACAUCGCCGAGGUGGGCAUCGUGCAAGACGUGUCUCAUGCGGCCCUGGGCCAGCGGAAGAUGUCACCAGAGACCAUGCUGUGGUUGUUUCUCAUGCUAGCGGGCUUUGCCCUGCUGGCACUGGUAGUUGUUCCGAAGGCGAAAUUGCAGGUGUGGUCUUUUUUUUACUUCUUCUUGGCGCGUGAUAAGAAGCCUUGUAAACCCACGGACAUGAAGUUGGACAAAACGUCGCCGAACUGCAAGCGAAUGAAGAUUGUCUUCAUUCGUCACGGAGAGUCGCAGUGGAAUUCUGUCUUUAACCAGGGCUGGAAGAUAUUCUUGCCUUUCCGUUUGGUCCGCGGCUUGAUUAGAGAGGGAGCAAUGACCUUUCAGAGAGACUCCAUUUUCUACGAUUCGCCGCUGAACGACAAGGGCAUCCAGCAAGGCUGGGAUUUGCUGGCGUUCCUGACCUCACAGCCGGCAGGUUGCCGAGACCCUGGAUCUUGCCAAAAGCCUGUGGAGCAGUUACAGGUUGAGGACAUUGUUUCAAUCAUCCGCGGCGAUGCGGGUGAAAGUGUUAUAGUUUCUUCAAUACUGCGGCGGGCCGUGUCCACCGUCCUGCUAGCUUUGAGCCCACGGCUACUGAAGACGACGUUUGCCAAAGACCGCGUUCACUUGAUGACUUCCCUGCAGGAAAUCAGUAGAAAUGUCGACACGCUGUCGGUCACCCCGGCUCGGUCGAUCCCGAAGUGUCCUCCAGAUGAGGCGAAGCUGAAGAACAUGGGUGAUUUGAUGUCGCACUGGUACAAGACGCGGCUAGAUCAUCGACACAACGCAGGCAACAAGACAUUGUCUAUGAAGGCUGAUAAACGCCAAAAGCAGUUCGUGAAGUGGGUUUUCGAACAGAAAGAUGUGGACUGCAUCGUUGUGGCAGGUCACUCGCUUUGGUUCCGUGAGUUCUUCAAGAGCUUCAUGCCAAAGUCUGCGACACAUGUCGCCAAGACUACGAAAAUGGCGAAUUGUGCUGUUGUUGCCUUUGAUCUGUACCGAAACAUCCAGCACUCAACGGAAGUCAUUCGCAUCCCUCCUGAGAGCAUCAAGGAAGUGUAUGGUGGCUUCGAAAUAAAAGGAAAAAAGAAAAAGGCGUAG